GAGGAGGAGAAAGAGGAGGAGGAGGAGAAAGCAGCAGCAGCAGCGGCGGAAUCAAAACAAGCCCGGCACGCCUUUCGCCUGGCUCGCCCUUCUCAACCGCGUGCGCGCCCCCGCCCGCCUGCCAAGUGCGCGCCUGUGCUUUGAACGCAGCAGCAGUAGCAGCAGCAGCAGGGCCAGCCAGCUCUCUUCUUUUCCGCCUGACAAUGGAGCGGCAAUAAGAUCUCCUUCCCCACCGCCUCAAAUAAAGGAGCUUCCCCAGCAGCAGCCUCCAAGCCAGUGUCUUCCUCCUCUUCCGUCGGAGGCGAUGCCGAACCAGAAGAGCAGCAAGGGCAAGAAGAACAAGCGCGCCAACAGCAGCGGGGACGAGCAGGAAAAUGGAGCCCUGGGUGCGGCGGGAGGAGGCGGCGGCAGCGGCAGUGGCAGCGGCAGCGGCGUAGCGGCCUCGGCGGCGGCGCCAAACACUGGGACAGCGGCGGCAGCGGCCGGGGGAGGAGGAGGAGGAGGCUCGGGUGCGUCGUCGGCGGCAGUGUCGGCCGUGGCUGCCCCGGGCUCCUCGGCGGCGGCGUCGGCAGAGUCCAAGCACGAAGCACCUUGUGCUACACCUCUGAUAUGUAGCUUUGGACGGCCUGUCGACCUAGAAAAGGAUGAUUACCAGAAAGUGGUGUGCAACAAUGAACAUUGUCCCUACAGCACUUGGAUGCACCUUCAGUGUUUUUAUGAAUGGGAGAGCAGUAUUUUGGCCCAGUUUAACUGCAUUGGGAGAGCAAGGAGCUGGAAUGAGAAACAAUGUCGACAAAAUAUGUGGACCAAGAAGGGAUAUGAUCUUGCUUUUCGUUUCUGCUCCUGCCGAUGUGGGCAAGGCCACUUGAAGAAAGACACUGAUUGGUACCAGGUAAAACGAAUGCAAGAUGAAAAGAAGAAAAAAUCUAUUUCAGAAAAGAGCAGUGGAAGAUCAACGUCAGAGUCUUUAGAAGAUGUAAAAAAGUGUCGGCCUGCCAACAAACCACAGAAAGGUUUGAAUCAUGAUAUCCAACGGCGGCAUUCGAUGGACAGGCAGAACUCUCAAGAGAAAAGCAGUGCCAGCAGUAGCUAUGCUAUCCGUUCUCCCUGUGGCUCUCCUGGUCAGUCCCCUCCAGCAGGUUACUCAGUCCUUGCCCCUACACAUUUCAGUGGGCCUCGCUCUUCACGAUACUUAGGAGAAUUUUUGAAGAAUGCCAUUCACCUAGAACCUCACAGGAAAAACAUGGCCAAUAGUGGCAUGUUCAGAAAUGCUCACUUUGAUUAUGGGACAGGUGGACUACAAGCACUCAGAUCAGGACAUUUUGAUGCCCCUGUACAAUUUCUGAGAAGGCUUGAUCUGUCUGAACUCCUUACUCACAUACCCCGGCAUAAACUGAACACUUUUCACGUUCGGAUGGAAGAUGAUGCCCAAGUGGGUCAAGGAGAAGACCUUCGGAAAUUCAUUCUUGCGGCACUCAGUGCUAGUCACCGAAAUGUUGUCAACUGUGCAUUAUGCCACAGAGCACUGCCAGUAUUUGAACAGUUUCCAUUGGUGGAUGGAACCCUGUUUCUUAGUCCAUCAAGACAUGAUGAAAUUGAAUAUGAUGUUCCAUGUCAUCUUCAAGGAAGACUUAUGCAUCUCUAUGCUGUUUGUGUAGACUGUUUAGAAGGGGUUCACAAAAUUAUCUGUAUAAAGUGCAAAUCUCGAUGGGAUGGAAGCUGGCAUCAACUGGGAACCAUGUACACUUAUGACAUUCUAGCAGCAUCUCCAUGUUGUCAGGCUCGACUGAACUGUAAACAUUGUGGGAAACCUGUUAUAGAUGUACGUAUUGGAAUGCAGUAUUUCUCAGAAUACAGCAACGUUCAGCAGUGUCCACACUGUGGCAACUUGGACUACCAUUUUGUGAAGCCAUUUUCUUCUUUUAAAGUUCUGGAGGCUUAUUGACAAAAGCUUUGCCAUAGUAAUAGCUAUUUUAUGAGUAUUGUUCCUUUUAUUUUACAUAUCUUUUAUAAGAUCUGUUCUGUGAGGGGGUGGGGGACCUAAUGUGUUUUUUCUAAGAGAAAGAAAGAGCUGCAGCUUUGUGUGAUUGUGUACAUGUGUUCCUAUGUAGAUAUAUGUCCUCUUGCCAUGAUUUCAGUGAAAGUUGGUGAUGAGGCAGCACACUGUCUCUCAUUCUUUACAUUCAUCUAAGCUGGGAGGAAAAUUCCACAUUUUCUCUCCCUUUUAAAAACUAGGGCAAUGUUACCUGAAGACGUGGAGAUGUUAUGGAAAACCAGUAUCUGGUUCUUAAUGUCUUUUGCUAGGUAGAUUUGGAGAGAGAAGAGGAAAACUUCAUAGAUAACUUGAUGUAAUGGAAAGGGAUUUGUCCAACUCAGUGGAAUUACCUGCAAAACUGGUUCCAGUCAGGGGGUAUUCCAUGAUCAUGUCUACCCUACUCCACUGUCUAAUAUAAUGAGGAGGAAGUACAUUGUAGGAUCUCAUGUUGUCAUAGUCUCACCACUGCUUAAUCCACAAACCUCACAUUUAAUGCUCAGAUUCUCUGUGCAUUUACUUUGCCUGGAUGAGGCAGGUGAUCGUACAAGUAUGGUUGUAGAGACAGCACAUCUAUGAGAUUGCCCCUCUGUAUAUUUCUCGCUCAUAUGAUAAGCUUGUUUUUGUUCCCUGCUGGAUUUGUUAUCCUAAUUCCUGGGAGCAAGAUCAGGUCUUGAUAGCAUAAGUAGUGCUAGCUAGUACUCUUAGAGGUCCUGUUUGAUGAGGUAAACCUAAACAUUGACAAAUGAAUGUAAUGCUAUGUCAGAAAAUGCACUGUUUAAAAAUUAUCUUAUUUUUGCAUAGUGUCUUCCUGGAGUAUAUAUUUGAUAAUCACAACUACUUUCACUGACAGAUCAUACUGUUUCCACUAACAUUGUAAUUCUAGCAGUCAGGGAAGUUGCUUCUACCCAAACAAAUAGCAUAUUUAAGCUGAGUUACUUCAGCUCUUUUGCAAGCAUUUUACUUCUUUCCUGUCAUGCUAAAAAAGAUUAUUAGCUCUGUGCAAACCUGUUUUUAAAGAGAGUGCAUGCACCAUAGUCCUUGUAGUUCUUUUCAUUUUGGUUUUUAUUCUUGCCAUUCAUUCCACAGUUGCAGUAAAUCAGGUGCAGACUAAAUGAAUCAUGUUGUUGCAGGUGGUUCACUUAGCUCCAUUUGUGUGAAUAAAUUCAUGUGUAAUUGAAAAAUCGGGAGGCUAUUCCUUUACCAUGAUUGGAGCAUCCUAAAUUAAAUGAAAGAUUGUUGUUGUUGUUUUAAAAAGAAAAGACUGGAGUAAUCUGAGACACAACCCAGUUGGUUCAACUAGUGGUGGAAGCGUACUGUCUGGGUAUAUUUUGUGGUCAUAUACAAAGAAGUAUGAUGGACUCAACAGAAUGAGUACACAUGGUAGCAUGUGAUCCCAAAAACUCCGUAGUGGUCACAGAGAGGGUCUUCACUCAUUCUUUGAACAACAGGCUUCUGUGUUGUAUCACAAACAGCUUUUGAAAUUCCCUGGUGCUUCAGAAGCAUGUCAUUCAAAAAUGAAACAAAUUAAGAGCAACAAGAAGUCUAAAGUACCCUUAGUGGCAGUAGUUUUGUGUUUUUUGGAUCUUGUCCAGAAAUUAUGUAGGGAUAAAACAUGGAGAUAAAACUCAUUUAAAACAGUUGAGUCAUAUUCUUUGAUACCCAUUUUGAAUAGGUAUCAAUGGGCAUUUAAUAAUUUGUUAAAUUGUAUAAAUAUAGUAUUAGUUUGAGGGCUUAAAAGGCACAAAAAGAUACAGAAACAAAUCAGUGAGAUUAUAUAACACUUCCAGAGUUUUAUUAGUAGCAUUUUGCAUAUGCUUUUUUAAUAGAAAGAAAAGUUAAUUUAUCUAGAAACUUGGCAGUCUAGGUUUUUGGUUUUUUGGCACAAAGCUCUUCAUUCGGUUAGCAGAAAAGAAUGAUUUUCAUGGAAUACAGGAUGGCAAUGUGAUAAUAUUUCUAAAAAGGUUUAAGUAAAAUCAUUUUCUAUAAAUUAGCAGUAAGGGGAAAACAGAACAUAAGAUUUUCUUUAGACUGGACUGCAAUGUGGGGAGAGGGAUUCAGUCAACCACCCUUUUCCAGAUUCUUCUUGUAGAAUUGAUAUUGCUUUAUAUGGAAAACAUGUAGGUGUUAACUAGAUACCUGUUUAUUCUGCUGAGCUAGUAACAUCUCUGAGAGAGGUGGAAAUUUGAGAUGGAGGUGAGCCCCAAUCCAAAUCUCAAUGAGGAGACCCAGUCAGAGUGGUCUAGUGAGUCUAGCUUGUUUUCAAGCCUUUGGUCUCAACUUGUUGCAUGAUUAUAUACCAUUAAGCACUGUUAUCUAAUCAUCCAAAACUAUAUUAAAUAAUAGAAGACUGUGCAGUUUGGAGAAGUACAGUUUAUUAAACGGAGAAAUUUAUUUAUGACAGAUCUGACUCCUUCAAAGAAUGCAAAAAAGGUAAAAUUAUAAUAAUACACAAUGUACUGUCAGGUAAAUUAGAAUUCCAGCUUGAUUUUCAAGUAUGCCAUUUCUGUUAGCACAUUAAUGCUAGCAUAGGUGACAUAUUACUAUAUCUUUGAAUUAAAAUAGGACUGAUUAGAACUCUUAAUUUCCAAAACUAUUUUUAAAAUGUUUUGAAUUACACCAAAUAGGUCAACUGCAAUUAAAGGGUUACCUUGUUUUCUGCUAAUCUUCCUAUUUAUGUGAAAGCCCUUUCAGGUGUUAUUUAUAUUCCACUUUGCAUUCUGCCUACAGUUCUAAAUUUUGCAUGGAUUUCAAAUCAUGUUGCACUGAUAUUUUUGCAUAUGGAGAAAAGAAUGUUGGCAGUUCUAUAAUCAUAUAUUUAACUUGUUAUGGCCUGAAGGUCCUUUUGAGCUUGCAUCUUUGCUUGAAAACAAAUUAAUUAAUCAUAGAAACUCUGUUCUCAUUGAUAUGCAUGCUUAGUAGGCAUGCUUCAACUCUCCAAACUGCAAAUAGCCCCAUCAUUUUGUAUGCGUAACAUUGCUUGUAGCUAGUUUUGAAGAAGGAUGCCAAUGUAGAAGCUUGGAGGAGAGGCUGAGCCAUUCCUUCUUCCCCUUCACUGUGGACUACUAUUGCCAUAGUCUUUUGGGUAUCAUGGCCUUGGGUUCUAUCAUGGUUCCAUCCUGUGGAAUUUUGAGAUUUGUAGUUUAGGGAGGAGUGUUCAGAAUUCUCAGCCACAAAACUCUGUUGCCUCACCAAUUGCAAACACCAGGAUUCCCUAGAAUGCAGUAAAGUGGAAUCAAAGCCGUAAGUAUGUACUAUGAAAGGAUUGAUUAUUAUGUGCACAUACCACCUGCAGGAUCUUUUGUUUAGAUUUCUGAGGUGUGCAUGUGUGUGUAUACUGGUAGAAUUUCAACAUCUCUGAAAGGAUAAAAGUUUAGAUAGAUUAAGAGUUACAGACUAAACCAAGAGAGUUGUGCAGAAAAAAAUGAAAUGACGUGAGCAGCAAGUAUCAUUGGGCUUCAUGUACAGUAAACAGGAAUAAUGUCUUGCAUAGAAGAGUACUUCUUUCUUCAUUAAAGAAAAUGCACACAGAAUUACUGGUAAAUUUCACAUUAUGGAUGUUCCUGUGCACAUUGUUCUUACGACUUAACGAUAGUGACAACAUACUGUCAUGGUGAUAGGCAGCUUUGCACAGCCGCUGGCAUCACGCAAUUACAGCGCCUUGGUUGUUUAAAGCCACAUUUCCAUGUGGGCGGCAUAGCUUUGUGCUCCCAUUGUGCCACUUCCCCUCCUUUUAAAAUAAUUAUAGGUGGAACAAAUUUAAAAUCUUUUUACAGCUAGGGGUGUGUGAUAGCUGCUGCCACAGAAGCACCAAGACCUGUCAUACAUGGUAAGUUCCAGGACCUGAGAGUGUUAUCAGAGGCUAUUGACGGGCUUUGUAAAGCCACACAGUGACAACAAUUCUCAUUGGAUAGGAGUUUGAACUACACAUUGCUUACAGAUAGGGAUGGCUCAGUCCUGUAAUCUAGAACCCCUCCUUAUACCACACAGUGGAGAAGACAAAAGCAUGGUAUUGCUCCUUACCUGUCUCUUAAUGCAACUCAUUUUCUGUUGGAAGAAAUGGCUGCAAGCAUGCAAAGGCCCGUGAGCUACUACUUCUGGCUAGCUUACUUCUUUGCAGGUGAAGUGAAAAGCAGUGCCAACUAGGUAAAGAGCAGCAUUCGAGAGAGCUGUCACAGCAUUCUACCUAGAAAGUUUUCUUUCAUCAGGAACUAAGACUUACUGUGAAGCCUGUGUCAGAUUGUGGCCUUUGUCAUUCUUUGGGAUAUAAAGUGAGUUGAAUGGGGAGAGCAAGAACAAAGUUUGAGGCAACAUGUGAUUCUGUCAGUGUGUUCUCUUGAUAGGAAGACAUGUAGUGAGUUUAUUUUCAUUUCUUAUUUUAUUGUACGAGGUAUUUGGGGCAAAGUGUUGUGAGGCUAUUAGCCAGCCCUACUAUGUCAGAAAAACAGCCUUUUUUCAAAUGGAAAAAUAUCCCAACCAGUUUUGGAUUGCACUUUUGCUGGGGAAAGAAGAUGUACAUAGUAAAUGAAUGUCAAUGAAAUUGAAAAUAAUUGGUUAUGAUGACAUUUUUGUGUGGUGUUUUUUGGUUGUGAUUUAUCUGUAUUAAAAUAAUAAAUUGCA